AUGGGCGCGGGUGCGGCGACCACCUCGAGGAAGCAGCCGACCAAGCAGCCGCAGCCGCCUUCGGGCGGGGGGCGCGACGCGCACGCGUUGAGCAGCAACGCGCUGGCGCGGCUCAGGAAGGGCGACAUGCAGGGCGCCAUCGACACCUGCACGGAGGCCCUGAGGUUGGACCCAGAAUUGGUCGAGGCUUACUGCACCCGGGGGGAGGCCAGGGUGCUCAGCGACGACUUGGAAGGCGCGGCAUCGGACUCGCACGAGGCGCUGCGGCGAGACGCAAGCGCGGCGUCGGCGUUCUCAACGCGCGGCGCGGUCAAGGUCCGAAAGCACGACUACAGGGGGGCGUUGGCGGACCUGUGCGAGUCGCUGGCGCUGGACGCCAGCAAUGCCCGGGCCUGGGCGAGGCGGGGCGUCGCCAAGCUGAACCUCGACGACUUCGAUGGUGCGAUCGACGAUUGCACCCGGGCGGUGACGCUCGACCCCAAGCUGGCGAUGGCCUGGAGCAACCGCGGCGCCGCCAAGCACUCCAAGGCGGACUACGCGGGGACGAUCUCGGACUGCACCGAGGCGCUGAGGUUGGAGCAGAACAGCCGGACCGCCUACGUCAACAGGUGCUAUGCGCGCAUCAAGCUCGAGGACUUCGCCGGCGCGCUGGAGGACACCACGGAGGAGCUGUUCCUGGCGCCCGGCUCCUGCCACCUCUGGACCCGCAGCGCCGCCCUCAAGCUGCGCACGGGCGACGCGGAGGGGGCCCUCUCGGACGCCUCCGAGGCUAUGCGGAUCAGCGAGCCCACCGCCAGCGCAUUAUGCUGCCGCGGCCUGGCAAAAUUGGACCGGGACGACGUGGAGGGUGCCAUCAACGAUUUCCGGCAAGCCAUCCCCUGGCGCCAGAAGGGGAGGGCGCCCGAAACAUCAGAGGCCAUGGAUGUCUCUUGA